GGAGAAAUUUAAUCUCAAAGUUGUAUCAUGGAAAACACAAAAUUACAUGCACGGGGAAGCAAAAUUAUCGAUAGCAGGCCAGAAUGUCGGUCAUGGCGAUAAAUGCUAUUGCUCCUUUCGCUUCCAAUGUCAUUUUUGUUAGGUUUGAAGUUAAUAAUACGUCGAAAUCCCGGAAAGGAGCAUAUUUGCCGACCCAACGGAAUUUUUCUCUCACCAGGUUCUCCAGUGGCUAUGCUUUAAAAGCUAUUGAAGGGGAAUGCAGUUUUAGGAGGAAAUUAUUGGCGGUAAAAUUUUCUAGCAGCAACUCUGAAGAGAGUACCAGCGAAUUGAAAACCAAAACCGAAUUGAUAGGAGAGAGGGACAAUGAUGGAAGCAAUCCUCCCUUUUUAACAAUUUUAGCUGGCAUUGUUGUCUUCCUUUUGUUUGCUUGGGCUCUAGGUUCUAUAGUAAUAGGGAUAAUUAGGAUUUUCCUUGGCUAACAUACCAGCUUUUCUCUUCAAAUGCAUUCUAGUUGGGAGACUAGGAGUAAUGUUGAAACAUCAGCCCUUUGAUUUAUUCUCACUUCAAAGUAGAAAUGCCAUAUCAAAUUCGUAGCCUGUGAACAUUGAAAUUAUCAUAGUAUCUUGUCCCUCUUCACAUUGUCAUUGUUAGCCUUUGCACUGUAGUUAUAAAUUUGACAUUUGUUUUUUUGAA